CGUAUUUUGACGUUUGACGUUUGUCAAAAUAAACAUCUCGCCGAAAUAUCCUCGAAUAGUUAUUUUUAACCAUUUUGCCCCCAGUUGUACAUUUUGUUCACCAUGGAUUAACCGACACACUUAAUUAUUAUGCUUUAAUAGUAUUGAUUAGUGCAAGGUAAUUCCAACACCAUGCCAAGGUCGUUUCUAACAUCAGCUUUUCAAAGACUAAACCCCAAAGACGAUGACCGCAAUUUGAUCUCGGCAACAUUCCAUAUGAUAACAAUAACUUUAAUUAGUAUGAGCCUUGUGGACUUGACCUGGUUUACCAUGACAGGAGACGUCGCUGUACCUAAUCUCAGCUUGGGGCAGUUUUUUUGGUUUGGGUAUGCAGGGGCUGAUAUUAAUUACGCAGAUUACGACUUUAUUAAUUCAACUAUUGUAAAUAUGAUGAGGACAACAAUUCUUCUGUGUUUUAUGGCAAUCAUUUUUAGUCUGGCUGGGUUUUUCCUUGAUAUUGUUGGUCCAAAAAGUAUUUUAUAUAGAAUGAUAAGAAAGUAUGCAGUACCUGGGACAUGCACAGUAUUGUGGAUAAUGGCGAUCGUCAGCGUAUCAUAUUACAUAGUAUUGUUAUUAGAGGAUUCGCUCGCCAAGUUAUACUCUCAAACCAAUAUUACAGUUUCAUAUGGUUAUGGGUUUUAUCUGUUGGCUUCAGCUGGUGGAAUUGCGUUGGUUGGAAUAUUUUAUAAUUUGAUACUAGCGCAUCAUCCUGUUGGGUAUUAUAGGGAUGACGAUAGGUGCUUGAUUGGGUUUGAUGAUGGCUUAGAUACUUUCAAUAGUCCCACACCACCGCCGCCUUAUAACGUCCCUCCUCCUCCUUAUACCCCUUGAUAUCUGAUUGUCCAACUCUACAAUAAAGUACCAUAACUAUAUACCAUUAGAACCUAUAUUUUGCUAAACUUUAUGUGAUAGAUUAUAAUUCUAGUCUGCUUAAUUAAGAUGGUACAUCGUCACCAAAGAGAAUAUAUUUUUGUUUAUGACCUGUGAAAGUCCAUAGGAAUUUUUCUGUAGAAACUUGUUUUGUUUAAUUUCUCAAAGAAACGUAAUUUUCAGUCAAAUUUCAGAUAUGCUGUAUGUUAAGCAAAAAUAGCAUUACUUCAGUAUACAGGGUGUAACUCCAUCAGAUAUGUAUUAUUUUUAUCAAAUUAAUGUAGGUUUCAUGUUGAUGCAAAUUAUUUGCUUCAUGAAUGUAUCCAUCAAUAUAUUUUUCACAAACUUUAAA